AUGACACUUGAAAAUAACUCAACUACAGCAAAUGUUCAAUCAUGGUUUAUUCCAAUUGAUAUUUUAAACAACCUAUGCACUGCCAUUGCUGUUUUACUUGCUCUAGUCUUUUUAUUUAUUAUUAUUUUUCAUAAACUAUAUCAUAAUGUUCCCAUGUUACUCGUUUCAAAUUCAUGUUUAGCUGAACUUAUAUUUGAAAGUGAUUUGUUAGCUAUGGGUCUAUUUGCAUUUUACAGUGAUUUUAAAAAAAUUUACUUUCAUGAAUCAUUUUAUCUUUUAUUAGGCUAUAUAAGUUAUCUGUCAGUUGGAAUACAAAAUUAUUCUUAUUUGUUACAAGCAAUCUAUCGAUAUAUUUUGAUUGUUUAUCCAUCUCGAUUAUUCUAUCAAUCAGCUAAAUUUCAAACUUUUCUUAUUAGCAUAACAUGGAUUUGUUGUAUUAUCUAUCCUAUUCCAUUAGUAUUUACUGGUCAAAUAAAGUAUCUUGUUAAUGAUCAAAUAUGUCAAAUGCCUUCUUCAACUUUCAUUUCUAACAAUAUUCAAUGCAAUUUAUAUUUAUCUAUAUCCUAUGCUAAGUAUAAUAUUAAUCUAUUUAAAAAUGGUUCAAUAUGUACAAGAAAUGAGUAA